AUAUUAGAGUUCUCCCUACACUUCCGGUAAAAAUUAUAGCUGUCAAAAUGCAGACCAGGGACCCCUAGGGAUCUACGUCAGACGAAAUGCUGAUUUAUAUAAGGCUACAUAACGAUGUCUGAUGUUGUGGAGAAGACAUUGGCGUCCAUUCCUAAAUUCCUAGGGGGAGGAUUUCUCGGAGCCGGUCAACCCUCUUCACCGAAACACGCUUCUGUUCGAGGAUUCAGCAGUUUUCUGCGACAAAUCAACAAAGCAAGAUCGAAACAUGAGGAAGAACACAUCGUUCGACAUGAAAUUGUUGAGAUGCAGCAGAGGCUGGCACUACGAGACACCACCAAGCAGCAGACAAGUGACUGUCUGUGCCGGGCCAUUUACUGUGAACUCCUCGGCUACGACCUAUCAUCUGUAUACAUCCAUGCUGUCAAACUGGCGCAGCAGGGCACAGGAUUUGAGAAGAGACUUGGAUACCUUGCCUGUUCUUUGUUACUGAAUGAAAACCAUGAGUUGAUUCUGCUGCUGAUCAACACAAUACAGAAGGAUUUGAACAGUAGUAACAUCUUAGACAACUGUGCAGCACUGACUGUAAUCUGCCAGCUGGUCAACUCGGAGAUGAUCCCUAGCGUGUUACCUCUAGUCCAGGAAAAACUCAAACAUCCAAGAGAGCUGGUGAGGAUGAAGGCUGCUAUGUGUGUGCAUAAAUUCCUGCUGAAGACGCCGUCCAUGGUUGACCAUUUCCAGGACCAGUUCCAGAGAAUUCUGUUUGAUAAGGAUCCUGGUGUGAUGUCUGUUGGAGUGAAGAUCUACUCCGUCCUCAUACAGAGUCAUGACCAAAGUCAUUCCCACAAGUUGACCGAGAAUCUGAUUGGGAUCCUGAGUCAGGUGGUCAGUAACAGAUUACCGUCGGAGUUUGAGUUCCACAAUGUUCCCAUGCCGUGGCUACAGAUGGACAUUCUGAAGACGUUAGCCAAGCUUGGGAUGGGCAACAAACAACAAAGUGAGCUGAUGUAUCCAGUACUGAAGGAUGUCAUACAAAGGCUGGACAUGAAGGAAAGGGUGGCUUACGCUAUCCUGUACGAGUGUAUUGUCACCAUCACCACUAUCUACCCCAAUGAGGAACUGCAAAGGGAGGCAACCACGUGUGUCAGUCGCUUUAUAGGAUCCACAAACCCUAGCCUGAAGUACAUAGGUAUCAAGGCAUUGACUGCCCUGGUCAAGAGUUGUCCAGAAUCGGCCUUGGAACAUCAGAUGACCGUAGUCGAGCUCCUGGAUGAUAAAGAUCAGGCAAUUCAGCGUAAGACCCUGGACCUGCUGUACUGUAUGGCUAACCCCAGUAAUGUACAGGUUGUGUGUGAUAGACUGUUACGCCACCUCAGUAACAACACCACCAACACCUUCCUGCAGCUUGACCUUGCUACCAAGGUCAUCCAUCUGGCAGACAACUUUUCUAGUUCCUACCAGUGGUAUGUGGACACGGUGUUCAAGCUUCUGUCCUCGUGUAAAGUAACGCUCCCUAGAGAACUCCUCAACAAGGUCGUCUACGUCAUUGAGAAAGGAUGUGAAACAGACAAAAAUGGUGACAAGUCUCCAGAAUCCAAAGGUUUCCAGCAAUAUCUCCUCAAAAAGUCUCUCGGGGCUCUGUUCCAGGACAGCGUCUCACCGCAACUCCUCCUGGUAUCAGUUUGGGUUUUGGGAGAGUGUGGUAAUCUUUUAAAGAAUAUGCCAAGCGAAAAAGUGAUCACCCUUGUUUUGAAACACUUCCAAAAACAGACACUAGAUGUCACCACCAAACUGUGGAUGACAUCAUCAUUGACAAAACUUGUCUGCGCCAAAGUGUUGGACAGAGAUGUUGUCACUAGGAGGCUGGCGGAGGCGAGGGAGGAGGAGAAGGAUUCUGUGGUCAGACAGAAACUGACAGACACUUUGAACAUAGCCGAGAGCCAGAUAAACCUACUUCUGCCAACCAUGUCUUCUAGUCACACCAAACAACUGGACCAGAUGGACUUCACAUUAAGUUUCCUGGAUGACUAUGUUAGCCAGUCCCUAACAAAAGGAGCCCAGCCGUACAAAGCUAAGACACUGCGGUUCCAGCCUCACCAGCCAGACUCAGACUUAUUCUGCGGACUGAAUGGUGUAACCAAGGACAACACAGAGGGCCUUACCAAGGAAACCAUGUCCCAGGGGUCAAGUGUGUCUGGGAAACUCACUGGAGGAUCAGAGGGAGGCAGUGACCUAUCUGGAGGUCAAAGGGAGACUGGACUCAACAUGGUAGGGGUGAAACGUGUGUGGGGCAGAAAGGGUCUGAUAUCUGACCCCCAGUCAGACACGGCAAUGGCAAGGUCAUUGAGUCAUCAAAGGGGAGACAACCAGGAUAUCCCAGGCACCCUCGGAGGUCUGGAGAAUGAGAUGGAGGAUGACAAAGCCAAAAAAUUAGAACUAGCCUCAGCUCUGUUUAGUGGAAUCACAAAUAAACAGAAUUCUGGAAUGGAGAACCAGGAAGGGUCUGUGAGGGGUUUAUCCUCAUCGUUAGAUUCUCGGUCCCAAGGAAGCGAGGAGUUCGGUAGUUUCUGUUCUGUGUCCCCCAAACCACUCCCAACCAAUGACACAGGGGGCUGGAGAAGUCUCCACAACAAAGCCACGGCUGAAACUCCAGUCACUGAAAAUACUCUCUCAGCAUCCAAUGACAAUGAAAGAAAAUCUUCACACCUAAAUAGUAAAACUGAGGAAAAUUCUGUUGAGCAAAAUGUUUUUACAGGACUUUGUGAUGAUGCAGACUCAUCUGUGUCAAACUUGUCUAUAAAUGUUCCCGAUCUCAAUACAGACUUGACUGCUUCAUUGUAUGCCGAAGGAAAAGAUGACUUACUAUCUGAUAUAAGUAUAAUGGACCCUCCCCAUCACUGGGGUCAGGCCCUCCAUAGAGACGGUAAUUUCUGUAACAUUGACGAUCGCCCCUGUUUACCUGGCUCUACCAGUGCACAUAGCCUCUAUGAUGUCUUAUCUCCAGAAAAUGGAAAUCGUCAGUUUGUUGCCAUGGAAACUCAAAAUGAGAAACAAGUGAUGGACCGGGACACUACAGAAACAUUGUAUGAUGAAUAUACUGAUCAAACAUAAUUAAAUUUAAAUCAAUAAAUUAAAUAGAAAUGAACUUGUAUUAAAAAUAAAUGUAUGUGAUGUGUUUUGUUUCUAACCACAAAAACGUGUUGUGUUAAUGUGUUGACAUCCCCAUCCUAUCCUGUAUAUAUCGUAGGAAUAUAGGAUUGUUUUCUUCAAAAUAUAGGAAACUUAUAGGAAUUAUGCUAAAAAUAUAGGUAACUUAUUAUUAAGGAUUUUCCAUCCAUGAUUUGUGUUGAUAUUUGAGUUUAAAUGCAACAUAUAUGCAAUUUAUGCAUUAUCAUCAUAGAACACCAUCCCAUGUUACAUAAAUGUCCAUGAUUUUGUAUCACAAAUGAAAAUUGUAAUGAAUUAAAAGAUUCCAC